UUUCAUAAGCAGCCCAAACUUGCAAAGUCUGAUCACCCCAAAAGUUGGAUCAUGGCAACCAUCACCAGCAUAUAAUCUCCCCUACGAAGUCCAAAUUUUCCAAUCAGCCAAAACCCAUUCCUUCAGUGCCCUCUUAAUUCUUACAGUUCUUCAUAAUCACUCAAUGGACCUUGAGCAUGGCAAGAAGCCCUCAGCUCAUCCUGCACCAUGCACAGUCCAGCAGGUCAAGGACAAGCUCAUCGGCCUGCGGCCGGUCAUGCUGCGGGCAUCGGCUCUCUUGGCGACAACGGUGGCGGCUGCGGUGAUGGGGCUGAACAGGCAGUCCUACACUGCAGUGGUUGCCAUUGUGGGCACCAAGCCACUCACACAGACCUUCACUGCCCAAUUCAAGGACACACCUGCAUUUGUGUACUUUGUCAUAGCCAAUGCUAUUGCCAGUCUGUAUAACCUGGUGGUGCUGGCCAUGAGGCGCCUUGUGCAGGGAAGGGUCCAGCGUUUGGUGCUCCAUAUGGGUGACAUGGUGAUCAUGCUUCUAUUAGCCACUGGUGCUGCGACAGCGGCCUCGAUGGCUGAGCUAGGCAAGAACGGCAACUUGCACGCGCAUUGGAACCCAAUGUGCGACAAAUUUGGUUCUUUCUGCAAUCGUGGAGGCCUGUCGCUCGUGUCCUCAUUCAUCGGCGUCACGCUCAUGCUAGCCCUGAAUUUGCUCUCUGCUGCAGCCAACACUCCCCGCGGAAUCGUCGCAGGCCAAUGAGUAGUCCUCAUCUCAGACAGCUCAUGCCCAACAAUACACUGCUCAUGAUGUCAUUACACUUGAGGAGGGCUGUGAUCAAUCUGGUGCAUGUGGGAGCUGGAUCACACACAGCCCUGAAAAUAUGCUGAUUGGUGUGGAACUGUAACACCUUGCCUGGCCUAGAAAUGUGCAGGCACAUUACCCCAAUUGGUUAUGGGGCUUUUAAUUAGAUCAGCUCUUAUAUAUACCAAGCUGUUGCGCCAUUAAAUACUACUACUAUGUGGUUGUAAAACUAGUACUUGUAAUUGUCCUAACAUUUGGUUGUAUUUGCACAGAUGUGAUGAUACUUUUGCAUUGUUUAAGAUGUGUGUCUGGUGAGGCUUGGUCUUUCAAAAUAGGUAGUACCUGUUGUACUGCCUGGGGCUCUUGUUUUAUUACCUCAAUAGUGAAGCAGUUUAGGGUUGCUUGA